GAACUAGAAGCCAGGCAGGAUUCUAUAAAGAAGUAUACAGUGUAUGGAGGCAUGACACAGAAAGAAAUGACAGCAUGGUGGAAGAUGUAUAGUUGCCAUUUGCCAAACUUUGAUGACAAUCAAAAAAGAGAGAUUGAGGAUGCAACUGGCUGUAUCCCUCUACUUUUACAUUUUCUGGUGAUAAACCAAACAUCAGAUCCAGAUGAUGCAAUAUCAGAACUUGCGAAAUGUAAAGAAACAUCCACGAUAUUCAAACAUUUGGCUAAAUACACAAAGGACAUUGAAGUCAAAGGUCUUCAGAAAGAAUUUUUGGAUAUAGUCUAUGGUUGUCUUCUCAAUCGACAGAUGUUAUAUCUCUCACGAAAUCACUACGACAACCGCUAUUUGUAUAUCGAUUCCCAGGGAUUUGGACGUGUUUCCAGUGGUUUCGCACGGGAUGCCAUAGUUCAUUAUCUUCGUGAAAGUGCAUGUGAUUACUUUCUAA